CAUAUAGAGACUCUUAAGACGUUUCCGUAGCUCUCAAAAGCCUCUCCUCAUUUCUUCACAUCCAAUCCAACGCUACUCUCUCUUUUUCUCUCCCUUUCUCUGGAAUCUGAGCAGCGCAAACACAAAUUUGUUCUCCUCGGUACUGGGUUCUAGCGUUAUAGUGAAGGAGAAGGACUAUUUUGUUGUGCAUCUUUUAGAAACUGGGAUGCCUUUGUGUCACGCAAUCAAAUAAGCAGACUUUGCAAAGCUACAACCUUUAAGUCACUAGGCGCUGGAUCCACUAGCGGAUAAUUAAUAAGACAAUUAAGCAACUUGAACUGGGUGCCCAAGUUUAAAGGUAUAUGCAGAGCUGUUCACAAGUUUUGAGAUUGUGUAUCCUAUAGUGUCCCACUAUAGCCAGCAAAUUACUAUUGUCAUUGAGCAAAGAAUCAUUGAAAGUGGAUGUAAAGUAUCAUGUCCGGGUUGAUUGAAGGUCUUCCUGAUGCCGUUGCCCUAAGGUGCCUUGCAUGGGUUCCCUUCUACCUACAUCCCAGGUUGGAGCUUGUUUCCCGCUCCUGGCGAGAUGCCAUUCGUGGUCCUGAAUUAUUUAAAGCUCGACAGGAGGUUGGUUCAUCAGAGGAUCUACUAUGUGUAUGCGCUUUUGACCCUGAAAAUUUAUGGCAACUCUAUGACCCUCGUAAGGAUCUUUGGAUUAGCCUUCCUGUUCUCCCCUCAAGAAUCAGGCACCUUGCCCACUUUGGUGCAGUCUCCACUGCAGGAAAGCUAUUUGUACUUGGUGGUGGCAGUGAUGCUGUUGAUCCAUUGACGGGUGAUCAAGAUGGGAGUUUUGCAACCAAUGAAGUCUGGUCUUAUGACCCCAUAAUUCGGCAGUGGGCCCCACGGGCUCCUAUGCUUGUACCCCGAGCCAUGUUUGCGUGUUGCGUGUUAGAUGGAAAAAUCGUUGUUGCAGGUGGUUUUACCAGUUGCCGGAAAUCAAUUUCUCAAGCAGAAAUCUAUGAUCCCGAGAAGGAUGCCUGGGUUUCAAUACCUGAUCUCCACCGCACUCACAAUUCAGCUUGCUCAGGAGUCGUACUUGAUGGAAAGGUGCAUGUCUUGCACAAGGGUUUGACUACUGUUCAAAUCUUGGACAAGGUUGGCCCUGGGUGGAGAGUCGAGGACUAUGGUUGGCUCCAGGGUCCAAUGGCAAUUGUUCAGGGGGCACUCUAUGUAAUGAGCCAUGGAAUCAUUUUCAAGCAGGAGAGAGAACUGAAGAAGAUGGUGGUAUCGGCAUCAGAGUUCCGAAGGAGAAUUGGGUUUGCAAUGACUGGGUUGAGGGAUGAGAUAUAUGUGAUUGGAGGCGUGAUCGGGCCUGAUAGGUGGAACUGGGACAUCAAGCCAUUGUCUGAUGUUGAUGUUCUGACCAUCGGAAGUGAGAGACCAGCUUGGCGUCAAGUGUCUCCAAUGUCCCGGUGCAGAGGAACUAUUUUUGGGUGUACUCAGCUGAGAAUUUAGGUCUCCAGACUGGUUUUUGUUGUUGCUUUGUUGUGAUUGAGGCACUAGAGUUUGAGAAGAAGCAAAAAAAAAAAAAUCCAGCUUUCUGCCAGCUACCUACCUUUCUUUUGUUUGUAAACCAACCUUGGCCUUGUUUUUUACUCAUGAUCUUUUCUUUGUAGGGCUUGAAGCAUCGGCUGGCUUAGCAGGCAUUGAAUAUGAGCUUUUACAUGAAAAUUAUGAAAUGUUGUUAGCAUGAACAGAGAACAAAUUCUCUCUUUUAUUACUUCACUUCAAUUUCCCUUGUAUCUUUCAGCUUCCUUGUUUAGUAGUAGUCUUCUCUUCUGCUCUGCAUGGUUGGAGUGAGAAGGAUUAAAAUCCCAUGACUAACUGUUUUAAGAUCCGGAGUCUUAUCCGGGAGAUGUUUUGUUCUCGUCUAAUGUCGUCUUAGAACAUCUGCGUUAUCUUUUGUUUGCGUUCGAUAAAGUUGGCUUUCCUACUA